AUGGUUGAUCUUACAUCAAAGGGAGUAUCCGCCGUAGAGGCUGCAUCUCAAGCCGUUCAAAGUCUCGCAAAACGGAUUUACAUCCCGUUCACGGCUGCUAGUCCUCCUGGCUUGAUCGCAGCCAAUACGCUGGACCCAUGGAACAAAGCUGGGAAGUACGCGUUGGCAUGGACUUAUUUCCCGGUGAUUAUAGUCUGUCUAGUCGCAAUAACUAGAGCAUAUCAUCUUUGGACCGACAAGCUGCGACAAGCAUACCACAAAAAUGAAGUUGAGAAACAAUUAGUACGCUACUAUCAACAACAGCAAGAUGAAUAUACUAUGACGAAUAUUCAUACUGGGGAAUCAGAACAACAAUUCUUUCCUGCGACGACUCUUGACGAGAAGCCAUAUAUCGUUGUCACAAAAGGGUCUCAUUGGUCAUCAAUACCAUUGAUAAAUGACACGUUAGCAUUGUUCAGAUGGGUAUUCUAUCGUCCAAUUCCAGAACUCCGAUACAAAAAAAAGCUUAUCACCGCAUUUCCAUCCUUGGCGGUUGUCGCCUUGUUGAUAAUUGGCCUUAUUUUUGUAACACUCCAGUGUUUCUUACCUCAACCUCUCUAUUGGGAAAGAAUAGGUCAUGACCGGCUUGGCGUCUUUCAUCGAUGGGGAGGCUACUUGUGUCUCUUCUUAGCUCUUGUACACACAAUUCCCUUUUACAUACAACCUGUAUGGGAUGAUGGAGGAAUGACAGUGUUCGGAAAACUUUUCCCGGCCAGCCGUGGCAUUAUCUAUGGGACUGGAAUAGCUUGCUUGGUACCACUCGGAUGGCUCGUUAUUGGAUCCUUACCAAUCGUCCGAAGGCUCGCAUAUGAACUAUUUGUAGUUCUCCACAUUCCCGCAGCGAUAGUUUAUGUGGCCAUGCUGUUUUGGCAUACCAAUAACUACCUCACUUCCUGGAACUACCUUUAUGCAACCGUUGCCAUAUGGGCUUUAGCUUAUCUUACACGUAUUGGUAACUUGAACUGGGCAAAACCAUGGAGAAAUUCAUUUUUGAUUGGUGACGAGGCUGCUAUCACGCUGAUGGCUGAAAACGCAAUUAAGGUGACCGUUCCAACACAAAUGACGUGGAGACCCGGUCAAUACGUCUAUCUCCGUAUGCCCGGAAUUUCCGUAUUCGAAAACCAUCCUUUUACCAUUUCUUCUCUUUGCAGUGAAGACUUCCCAUCCGAGUACGGCGAGCAAUAUAGGGAUUGUACCAUGGUAUUCAGACCAUUUGGAGGGUUUACCAAGAAAGUUCUCGAAACUGCUACCCACAAUGGCCCCUUCAAAACAUAUCGUGCUUAUCUGGACGGGCCAUACGGCGGUAUGCAACGAGAACUUGCCGCAUUCGACACUGUCAUUCUAUUCGCUGGUGGGAGUGGUAUCACGGCAAUUGUUUCACAAUUACUAAAUCUCAUUAAAAGGAUGAGGGAUGGUAAGGCAGUCACUCAAAAGAUUGAAGUUGUGUGGGCAUUGAAAAGACUAGAAUCUAUGGACUGGUUCAGAGAAGAGCUUAGAAUUUGUCGGGAAUAUGCACCUCCUGACACUAUCAAUUGUCAAUUUUUUGUAACGACUGCAAAACGAUACUCAAAGGUAGAUGUUGCCGGACGAGCUCAAAGACCGCUAAGCACAGCAUUCCACGAUAAACUAGACGGUUUUGUGGCGGGCAUUGCGUCUAAACGAAACUCAGCUCUCAUUCGUGAUGAGGCUCAAGGUAAUGAAGAGAGGGAAAGAGAGUUAAGAAUGGAGGAUGAAGAUGCUAUAACAUCAUUACCACACUCGAAACAUCUACAACCAAGAGUACACCCCAAUGUACAAACUUCAUUUCUCCCACCACCCACAACAGAGUCUAAGUCAAAGAACUCGGAAAAAAGACGUUCCCUGUUAGCAGCACUCUCUCCAGAUUCUCACGAGGCCACUCGGAAAUUUUUGUCGCCACUAGGAUUUGCUACUAAACCACAAAGCGAUUCUAAAGAAUCAUUUCAUUUCCCAGUACCCCCACAAAAGCUAGAUGCUCCUCAUUUUCAAUACGCUCCGCCCUCAGCGAAUCCCAAUCGAGAUAGCUUUGUUCCCGAUACAGCACGCAAUAGUUAUAAUCCUCAGGACCACAUUGACGAUCCAGCAGAGGCGUAUAAUCCCGAUAUGCAAUCCUCAGAGGAAGGUCAACUCUCCGACCAAUUUGCACCUCGGGAAUUUGCACCUACGCCUCCAGCAAAAGACAUACCGAAGAUGUCAAGUGAGAUAGAAACUACGCCCUCUUUGAAGCCCCCUCAACCUGCUCAUUUGCGACAGAAGUCUGAGGAAUUAAAGCUUCAAAUUCCACAGUCAAAUUUUCAACAUAGCAUCCCAGAUCCAACCUUUGACUUUGGCUUCCCAUCAACACCUACCUUGUUCCAAAAGAACCUGAUGCGUUUUGCUUUUGUUGCACCUAAGAAGAAGGAGGGCUGGACUACUGAAUACGGUCGACCUGAUCUAGGAUAUAUGUUGAAAGAGAUGGCUACCGGAGGACCUGACGGGCAUGGUAUCUUUGGUAGGAGAACAUGUGUUUUCGUUUGCGGUCCUCCUGAAAUGCGCAUUAAUGUAGCAACUACGGUGGCAAAGCUGCAAGCGGAUAUCUGGGGCGAUGACAGUAAAGACGAAAUUUUCUUACAUACGGAGAAUUAUGCCAUUUGA